CCCUCCUGCACUGAGUACAAGCACAGCUCCAGCAGGAAGGACUCAGUUUCAUCAGAGCGCAGACCUAGCAGAAAGCAAGCUGAAAUAUAGAAGUUUAUAAUAAGAAUUAAUACUCUGAUUGUAUUACAUUGAGAUAUUUCAUCUUAAAUACAUGUGUCCUGGUGUAAUAACAAAGAAGAGUGAAAGUGAAAGCAGGCUGAAGUUGUUCUGUGACUGAGCCAUUACAGAGAGCUAGGCAGGGUGCGGCUUUGUACAGAAAUGGCAGCAAACACUUCUGGUCUGGAAGAAGAGCUUUCCUGCGCUGUGUGCUGUGAGAUUUUCAAGGAUCCUGUAACUCUUCAUUGUAACCACAGCUUCUGUAAAGCAUGUCUGGAUCAGUGCUGGAAAGAGAAGGGAACUCGGGAGUGUCCAGUGUGCAGGAGGAGGGCUUCAAUAGAGGAUCCUGCUGUGGAUUUCAGGCUCAGGAAUAUCGUGGAGUGCUUCUUAAAAGAUCACAGUGAGAAACCUCCAGCACCUCCUGGAAUGCUCUGCAUUCUGCAUGAGGAGAAACUGAAGCUGUUCUGUGUGGAUGAUAACGAGGCUGUCUGUCUUGUGUGUCAAACUUCAAAGAAACAUAAAAAUCACAAUCUCUGCCCAGUUGAGGAAGCUGCACAGGAUUAUAAGGGAGAACUCAAGACUGCGCUGGAGCCCUUGAGGGACAAGCUGAAAACCUUUAAUAAAGUUAAAGAAGAAUGUGAUAAAACAGCAGAGCACAUCAAGAAACAAGCCCAGCAAACAGAGAGGCAGAUAAAGGAGGAGUUUGAGAAACUUCACCAGUUUCUACGAGAUGAAGAAAAGGCCAGGAUAGCUGCACUGAGGGGAGAAGAGGAACAAAAGGGAAGAAUCAUGAAAGAGAAGAUUGAAAAUAUUACAAGAGAAAUCUCAUCCCUUUCAGACACAAUCCGAGUGAUAGAACAGGAGCUGGAAGCUGAAGACAUCUUCUUCCUGCAGUACAAAGACACAAAGAGAAGAGCCGAGUGCACACUGCAGGAUCCACAGUGUGUUUCAGGAGCGCUGAUAGAUGUAGCCGAGCACCUGGGCUCUCUGAAGUACAAAGUGUGGGAGAAGAUGCUGGGGAUUGUUCAAUACACUCCAGUGACUCUGGAUCCCAACACAGCACACCCUACUCUGAUACUGUCUGAAGAUCUAACAAGUGUGAGAUUCAGCGAUGAGUGGCAGCAGCUUCCUGACAACCCAGAGCGGUUUGAUUCCUAUGUUUUUGUGCUGGGCUCUGAGGGAUUCACUUCAGGGAAACACUGCUGGGAUGUUGAAGUUGGAAACAAAACUAAAUGGGAUCUGGGUGUGACAAAAGAGUCCAGCCAGAGGAAAGGGGAAUUCACUGUGAACCCAGGAGCAGGAUACUGGGUUAUAGCCCUGAGGGGUGGGGAUCAGUACUGGGCAUGGACCUCACCAUGGUCUACAGGACUCACUGUGGAGAAGAAACCCCAGAAGAUCCGAGUUCAGCUGGACUGUGAUGGGGGGGAGGUGGCAUUCUUUGACUCCAGUGAUAUGAGACCUCUCUACACUUUUAAACACAGAUUUACUGACAGGAUGUUUCCAUAUUUCUCUCCUUACAUAAAUGAAGAUGGGAAAAACUCUGCCCCCCUCAGAGUGUGCCCUGUGAAGACAGUUAUAAAAGUGGACUAGCCCAAUGUGUUCAGUAUGAACAAUAGGGCUGUAUAAUAAUAAUAAUAAUAAUAAUAAUAAUAAUAAUAAUAAUAAUAAUAAUAAUAAUAAUAAUCCUGUGACCCUGCUGGCCGCUGCACUCUGAUAGAGCUGUAUAAUAAUAAUAAUAAUAAACCUGUGACCCUGCUGGCCGCUGCACACUGAUAGGGCUGUGAGGUGUGGCAGUUACAGGUGAAGAGCUUCACUGAAGCUCAUUUCCUCCUGGGUUAAAGGGUUGAGCAGUAAACCAGUAAGAACAGGAGCAGGUUGUGUAGUUUACUGGAGGUGCUGGGGGUGUCUCACUGGUAUAAUAUCAUGUCACUCUGCUGCAGCCAAUAGAAACACAGUAAAUACAUCAUUCCUGCUGAGUGCUCAACACACCCUUGUGGAGGAACUCAGAUUAAAAGGACGCUGGCUGGCAGUCAACUCUUUGUAAUUAAUGCCAAUGUUAUAAAUCUAAUAAAGUUAUGACACCACAUUGUUUAUGUACACUAUGUAACACAAUUUUUGUUCCUGGGUAGUAAGUGUUAUUUCCUAAUUGCUUAUGCCU